AGAGUCAGCGGAACGGCCUGCAAACAAAUAAGUUUCAAAAUCCCAAACUGUCAUUUUGUCAUAUUCGAUUAACCAAACAUAAAAAGUGUAAACGUAUCAUUGUCGUGCAUAUUUCGUGAAAAAACAGGAAAACGUUUGAUUUAUUACGUUAAUUCUUUGUUAAUCCACAUAACCUACAACAUGUCGAGUACAUCGCAAAAGCAUAGAAAUUUUGUUGCCGAGCCUAUGGGAGAUAAACCAGUAACCGAUCUUGCCGGUGUGGGGGACGUGCUAGGGAAACGGUUAGAUAAUGCUGGAUUUGACAAGGCCUACACCGUGCUUGGGCAGUACUUGCUUCUCAAGAAAGAUGCCGAACUUUUUAAGGAUUGGAUGAAGGAUACGUGCGGAGCCAACUCCAAGCAAGCGGCCGACUGCUACCAAUGUUUGAACGAUUGGUGCGAAGAGUUUUUGUAAAGUAUCUUCUCCCUACACUAUCAUUUUUAAGGUUUUCGUAUGUGCAUUUCGUUUUUACCAUUAACAUUUCGUUAACUCUUAGUUUUAACCAACGGAUAUGAAGUAACUAUAUAAUAUAGGUAAUACUCUGACAAUUGAA